UAUUUUAUACCUUGGCGAAAUCAUUCGUGCUGAGUUAGUUGUAACCAAACGCUGUUUGCGAAUUUAAUUUAUAAUUAAGGUUAAAGAACUAUUGUCAACGCGGUGAUUGCCUUUUGUAUUUAAAUUAAGUUUUGUGUAUAUAAAUGGGCUUAAUUACUUUUGGUAAUGAAAUUCAAAAUAGUCUUUAAAGUGUAUGUAUCGUUGUUAUUAGUUAUAUAAUUCUGCGAUUUGCGCAUACAAAUGCAACGAGUUAUCGGAAAGUUGUUUGAAAAUUUAAUUUCAUUAUAACAAUUGGAUGUUAUAACAAAGGGAACUGUUUAAGUGACCACAUUUAUCUCGAGAUGUCGACGGCUCCAAAAGAGCUUUAUUUUGAUAACACGUGGGUUGCUACGGGAUCAAGCAUAGAACCGCAUUAUCAGGAACUCAAGAAACCAACUUGCACUGGGCGUUGCCACUUUAAAACAGUCAAUUGCCAGGAAGUAUUUGAUAGCGAACAAAGAACAAACAAAGACAUUACCGAUUACAAAGAUCGUAAUGCAGUGAGAGCUAGCAAGCUCAGAGCAAUUAUUAUCGGUACUUCAGUUGCGAUAAUUGUUUGCUCUGUCGUAGCUUUAAUUGCAAUUAGCAUGACCAUCCGACAGCAGGAGACAAUUGAGGAAUUGCAGACGACAACUGAAAACCUUCGCAGCCGACUUGCGCAGUUGGAAGAAAACGCUAAGCUCUGUCUGCCAUGCGCAGAACUAUCACUGAGUCCAUUUCCGGAAGACACGCCGGAAGUCGCUGACCUGAUUAAGCACUAUGAAAACGGUCAACAAAUCUGUUGCGCAAAAACGGUUAACCAGACGUCGAUAUUCCUAAAUCUGUUUGCAAAAAGGAAGCAACUGGAGAAAUGCGCACAAGAUGCAAUCAAUGCAGAGAAUCGUCCAUCCGGAAAUUGUAGCAGUUCUGGUUCCCCGCACAUUCCUUCUGGCAACGCAUUCAGCAACGUGUCUGCACACAUGCUUGCUGGCCCUCAGCCUUCAAAUCUGUCCUCUGACGGAAGAAUACGGAAUUGGAGUGUCGGCCCGGUGGCUCCCGGAACUCACCUGACCAACAUCCGGCUGUCCUCGGACAACCACUCCGUCGUCAUUGCGGAGUCUGGCCGCUACUUCCUGUACAGCCAGGUCAGCUUCCUAAUAUACUACAACCCGGAAACGCCGCUUGACCCCCGGAGCCCUGCACAGUCCUUGUUCCACUCCGUCUUCCGAUAUAACUUCAUAUACCCGUUAGGCGAUGAAGAGCUGUUGCGAAGUGACGUCACUCAGUGCUGGGAACAGAAGAAAGACUACGGACGCUACACGAGUUACGUCGGCGCCUCCGUACAACUCAAUAAGGGCGAUCUGAUAUAUGUCAAAGUAUCCAAAAUAGGAUUUCUGUCGAGAGACGAACCGGGUUUAACAUAUUUCGGUUUGUUUAAAAUUGGUUGAAGCACGCUUUGCUAUGAUUCUUAGUGCAUUGCUCAGUAAUUUUGCACUAUAUUAAUCAUAUCUCAUGGAGCUUUCAUUGAUUCGCCGUAUCAAAUAAGUGAACAUCCUCAUAUUGAUCUCAAUUUUCAGCUAUCGGCAUUAUAUAAAAUAUUAAAUAUUUUGAGAAAGAGCAGGGUUGUAUAUUAGAUUACAAGUGGUUUGCGCACUGCUUUGAUUACACACAGUGAAAAAAUAUUUCCUCCAAAAACAAAAUCAAAAACGACGUAAGAACUUUUUAAUUAAACACACAAAAGUAACAAGGCCCAGUGUUCAAUUUGCUAAAAAUGCCAAUAAAUCAUUAUCUUUUAACGUUAGUGUUUAACAUUUCCAGAAAGAUAAAGUAAAUACACGUGUGUGUCCUAUAAGGUCAAGGUUUUAAAACUCUAUACACACUUGCUGAAUAAACGGAUUGGACCCUAGCUGUUUAAGGACGUCGUAAGCUGGAAAUAUUGUUGUAUAAAUGUACAUUCGAUCAGCUAACUAUUGUGUCAGACAACAUGUCUUGCCUGGUGAUUUAAUGAAAAAUUGUAAUUUCCAAAAGAUGUAUGAAGCAACGUGCAAAGUGUAAGAGAGCCUAUAUGUAGUUUGAAUAAUGUAUAACAAAACUAUGUUACAUAAUUAAAGUAUAAAUCGGGUAUAUAAUACCUUUUUCAUUAUAAAUGUAAUCGUAUUUGUAUUAGUUAUGCUAUGGUUACUUGAUGGGCUGGUCAGAAGAAGUUCACUCACGAUGUUGUUUGCCAUAUUUAUAAAUCAAUUGAUUUAUAUUUAGAAUAGUUCGAAUUUUGAAUUUUGUUUUAUUUUAUGUUUUUGCUGUGCGUUCAGAUGUGCUCAAAAUUUUACGACGUGAUAUAUGCAUGUGUCGUAAUAUAAGCUACAUUCCUUUGUUAUUUCAUUAUUUGAACGUUAUCAAUAAAUAAACUUUUUAGAAACGAU